AGGAAGACUUGCAGACGAUGCAGCGCUGCUGUGGCAGAUCCAGAAGCCCCAUCUGAAUUACCUUAAGCAAAACUGACAAUUUAUUAUUCCACAUGCCGUCAUCAGUCCAGAGAGAGGUCCCUUCUCUGCGUUUAAAGCUCAGUCACUCAGAGGGAGGACUGUGGCUAGACAGCGUUUGCCGCUGGGGCUUGCAGGUAAGACAUUAGCUCUCAGCGCCGCGCCUGCCUGCCACCUGAUCACAACUGUGAUCCUGGAUUAACCCGCUGAAGCUGUAAGCGAGCGCCCAGCUAGAUGUUUUCUCUUGUGUGUUGCCGUGGUCAUGGUGUUCCACGAGUGGAACGGUGACUUAGACAAGAUGUGGAUGGACAUGCCCUGCUAACUGGAGAGACGGCAAGGACGGACAGACAGUAGGACACCCUCCCUGUUCCACAGCUGUGAGAGUGCGCAGUGAAGGAAGGCAUUUCCAAAAAACUGGCUGAGGCUGCAGGGUUUUCACAGAGAGCAAAGGUGGAGAGCGUGGAUCCCUCUGCAAGUCCAGUCGCUGCAGAUAUAUGGAGCUCCACAUUUGAAAUAAGGAGAGUGGGAGCCAGAGAGAUGUGGCUGAUGAGCCAGCGAACAGGACAUUAUCAAAUCAGAUGGCCAGUUUGGGGCAAGGAUCACUGUGCCUGGGGAUCCAAAUGCCAAAUGAUCUCUACACCAGGGAAAUAAAAAGAGAAAGGUCAGACUGGACCAAAAGCAGACACAGUCUCCCUCACUGAGCACUCUGGGCGUUUGUCUUAAUUCUUAAGGAGCAGGACACCCCAGUGAUGGUUAGUCUUGAUCAUCACCUUGAAGUGCUCUGGGAUCAAUUAAGAAAUAUAUCCUUCCUUGGAUCUGUAGGGGUGUUUUUUAGAAAGGAUAAGCUGAGGUGGGAAGACCCGCCCUCAAUACGGGCAAUACCAUCGCAUGGACUGGGCUUCUGGGCUGGAUUUAAAGGAGAAGGCAAUGAGCUCUGACUUUCAUCUCUCCUUCCUGACUUUGAGUGCAACCUGCGGUGCGCGGCGGCCCCACGCUCCUGCGAUGGCUUCCAUGCUGUGAUGGAGCCCCACGCUCCUGCUGAGACUUUCGUGCCGUGAUGGGGCCCCACACUCCUGCCGUGGCUUCUGUGCCGUGAUGGGGCCCCACACUCCUGCUGAGGCUUCUGCGCAGUGAUGGAGCCCCAUGCUCCUGCCGUGGCUUCCGUGCCGUGAUGGACGGCACAUGUAGGCCCUACCUUAAGUCACCUCUGUCAGGUAUUUUCUCACAAUAAAGAGAAAAGUAACCGAUCCGAGGCCUUAGAGCUGCAACUGCACGGGGGUCAUCUGGUGGUCCGCAGCAUGUAGCUGGAGGCUGUCUGCGCGUGUGCACAGGCUUCUUGCACUGUGGGCUCAGUAACAUCAGACUCCCUGGGGUCGCCAUGGGAGGCAUUAGCCGUGUGCUACGUUUAUGCUCACAGAAGAGCAAUGAGUUAAGGAUAAGAAAGACGUCAGGAUACCAUAGGCUCGGUGACAGGCCAGAGGAAUCAUAGGCUCCGUGACAGGCCAGAGGAAAGGGUUUCUGCCUGCUGGAUCCUCAGGAAGGCAAGACUCCGAUAGAGAAAGAGCAAAGGGCAGGAAGGGCGCACAGAGGUGCUGGUGACAACACAGGAGGGGACAGGCUGGUAGCCACAUGUGGGGAGGGAUGGGUGAGGAGAAACGGUACAAAUACAGAAUAAUUUCACGUUUUAGAUUUUUAAGGAUUGUUUAGACUGAUACGUAGAAACAUACAAUUGUACAAAUUAACGUGUAAUUUGUAGUGUUCCCUAAGUUUUAAAAAUCCUACUAUUUCUAUGGAUGUCAGUGUUUGGUCCUAGGCUGGAAAAGAUCUGGGGUUAACUUUUCUGUAACCUUCCAUGGAACUGCGACCGCAGAAAGGGGCCUGGCUUAGGCAAUGCACUGGGAGAGUCCAGCCACAUGACCUAGGUUUACUGGUUACUGUCCUCCAGGGGUAAGCUAUGUACUGGCAUAGAGGACAGGGAAGUGGGGGGCAGCUCAGAGACAGUGAGCUGAUGGCUGUCUACCACCUCAGGAAAGGCAGUUAGAAUCUGCUGUUGGUAAAGCAUGAAACUCGGUGGCACCUAAGGGGGAGGGACCAGACCAGCGCCCCUAGCAGAGAAAUCAAAGACAGAGACCAAGGGCAGGGAGGGGACAGUAUCUAAGGCAGCUAAUGCCAUCCGCCUCCUGGAAGACAGGCUUAGACCUCAAGAACAGAGCGCCAGCCCUUCCCCAGAGGGAAGCCUCCACUUGAUCUUGCCCAGUCCCUGCAGGAAGGUCUAGCCUCUGGAGACACAAGCUGUGCAGACCAAAGGUGCUUCUAGAAGUCACAUGAAGUAAGCAGGGCACUGGAAUGGAUGGAUCCUCAGAUGGAAAGUGCAGCCUGGCCCGGGAGGUGGAGACGUGGUUCCCUGCGGAAGACACAGGGGAGCUUUGUGCCCUAGGCGAGGACGGGCCAGCGCUCCUCCGACUCUCCAUCCUCCCACGUCCCGGCCACGUCCCGGCAACAUGCACAGGCAUCUCUUCUGCACUCUGCUCAUUCCUGGACUGGCACAGCUCUGCUGCAGGGCGCAGGGCACUGUGCCAUCAGACACGACCCCUGAAGGAGGGCCCGCAGAAACACCCCAAGUGGGUCACCGGAAACAGGUCUGUCACUGGCCCUGCCGAUGUCCUCCUCGGAAGCCCAGCUGUCCUCCUGGGGUGAGCUUGGUGAGGGAUGGCUGCGGAUGCUGCAAAGUCUGCGCCAAGCAACGAGGAGACGUCUGUAAUGAAGCCGACCUCUGCGACCCUCACAAAGGGCUGUACUGUGACUACUCGGCGGACAAGCCUAGGUACGAGACGGGAGUGUGUGCAUAUCUUGUGGCUGUUGGAUGUGAGUUCAACAGGGUCCAUUAUCAGAAUGGCCAAGUAUUUCAGCCCCACCCCCUGUUCAGUUGCCUCUGUGUGGGUGGUGCAAUUGGAUGCACGCCCCUGUUCAUACCCAGGCUGGCUGGCAGCAACUGUUCUGCAGCUGAAGGUGUAAGGAGAGCUGGUACAACCAACUGUGGCCUGGGACCAUCGCAACAAGGGCGCCCUGCAGGCUCCAGAGCAGUGCCAGCUUACAGGAACCUCCCACUUACUUGGAAAAAAAAGUGCCUUGUGCAAGCAACGAAGUGGACUCCCUGCUCCAGAACGUGUGGAAUGGGAAUUUCUAACAGGGUAACCAAUGAAAACAUCAACUGUGAAAUGAGAAGAGAGAAGAGGCUAUGCUAUAUCCAGCCCUGCAACAGUAAUAUAGCCAAGACAGUGAAGAUUCCCAGAGGAAAAACAUGUCAACCCACUUUCCAACUCUCCAAAGCUGAGAAAUUCGUUUUUUCUGGUUGCUCAAGUACUCAGAGUUACAGACCGACUUUUUGUGGAAUAUGCCUGGACAAGAGAUGCUGCGUCCCCAACAAGUCUAAGAUGAUCACUGUUAGGUUCGACUGCCCCAGCGAAGGGUCCUUUCAAUGGCGGAUGCUCUGGGUCACAUCUUGUGUGUGCCAGAGAGACUGCAGAGAACCAGGAGAUAUGUUUUCUGAGCUCAGAAUUCUAUAG